GAAGUGGAGGACCAGAGAUGGCUGCCAUUCCCACGGAAAACGCGACUGUUUCUCAAGGGCAGAAGAUCAACGACGGGGUCCCUCGGCGGCCACGUUCCUCAAGCAAGCGAUGCGGCUGUUGGGUAGUAGCUGCCUUGCUGAGCGGCUGCCUCAUCACUGCCUUGGCGGUCUUUGUGCUCGUACCAAUCGUUUCAAGACCUGGCACUAGAGCACCAAGAGGCUGCCUCAUCGCGAGGACGCCGAACGGUUACGCCCAGGGAAGCCUGCUUCAGUUCAAAAUCAACGGCACAUCGUACAGCUCCGUCGCCUUCCACGGCAUCCCGUUCGGCGCCCCGACGACCGGAGACGCGCGGUUCGCUGAGCCCCGAUGCGCCCAGCCCUGGCACGACCUGUUCAACGCCACGUACAAGCGACCCCCCUGCGCCCAGUCGGACACGCAUUUUAGUCGCAAUUACGUCAUCGACGCCUCGAACACCACCGAAGACUGCCUGCACAUCAACGUCUGGGUGCCCGGCAAAUGCGUGACCGAGCUGCUGGGCCGCGAAAACCACCGCGCCGUCGUCUUCUGGCUCUUCGGUGGCUCCUUCGUGAGCGGAGGCAACAGCUACGACUUCUACGACGGCCGCUUCGUGGCAGGCUUGGGAGACGUGCUCGUCGUCACGCCUAACUACCGGGUGACGACCUUCGGCUUCCUCAACUCGGGAACGGGCCGUGAAGUUGCGGGCAACAUGGGGCUGUACGACCAGCUUCUGGCGCUCCGCUGGCUUCGCGACAACGUCCACCUGUUCGGCGGUGACAGCGACCGCAUACUAAUCGCCGGUCAGAGCGCCGGCGCCAUCGCGUCCUCCAUGCUCAUGGCGAGCCCGAUAAUGUCGCAGUACGGCCCGUACCGCAGGGCGUUUCUCAUGAGCGGCUCGGCGCACGUUCCGCUGCCCCGGAACGAGGGACCCGACGCGCGACGGAGCUUCUCGCGCCUGGCUGCCAACGCCGGCUGCGAGUGGGCGCGCGUCGCCGACACUGUGCACUGCCUCCGAAACCGGAGCGCGCCGGAUAUCUUGGAGGCCACCAAGGGUGUUUCUCUGUUUCUCAUGCCAUCCUACGAGGCGCCCCUGUUUCCUGGCAAUAUAUACUCUCUCGAGCGGCGGUUCGUAGCGGCCCGAGCGCGGGACACACUGAUCUCCAACGCCGCGAAGGAAGGGCAGGCCUUCUUUGAAAUGCUCAUGCCGCACAUAGCAGGUACGCAAAAAAAGAUCACGGCGCAAGAGCUGAAACAAACUUUUCCCUAUUUGUUCGGGGACCUGUCGGACUUUGACGUGGAGUUCGUCAUUUCUUUCCUGAACAGCAGCUACGACCUUGAAGCCCCCAACCACCGCGGUUGGAUACGGGUUAUCGGUGAUGUCAUGUUCCGUUGCCCCGUUGCUUCCUUCGGGAAAAGCUUGGCCACCCUGGGAAAGAAUGUGUACUACUUGCAGUACACGCCCAGACCUUCUUUUUCCGUGUUUUCCGGAGAAGGGGCGACGCACGGAGACGAUGUGCCAAUGCUGUUUGGGCUCCCGUACAUGUACCCGAACUUGGCUACUGACGAAGACAGGGCGAUGUCCUACCGCAUGAUCACGAUGGUGUCCAGCUUCGCAAAAGACGGGUCUCUCCCAAGCCUGGCGGGCGGCAAGCCCUGGCCGCUGUUCUCGAAGGCUUCCAACUACUCGUUCGUCGACCUCGCACACUCCGGGUUCACGCUUAAUGGCACCGUUCCCGACUGUCCCUUGGAUCAGAUCCUCAGGAUGCUCUUGAACCCGGACACGUCGGGCCGGCGAGCGAUCGACAGUGCUUGGACGACCGAACUCGUCCGCUUGGCACUGGACAUGCUCGCCGCGAUACCUGCACGAGCUCGUGAGAUCGCCGCCACCACUCAUGCCCAUGCUUACAAAGGCCAAUGAAUAUGUCAUACGCUCGAACCCUCCAGUGUUCACUGUGCGCCUUUCGGGGUGUUAAAAAGGUAUCAGCUUGCAACACGUUGUGCGUCGUUCAUGAAUUGCCCAUCUGAGGAGCGGUUGUUUUCAUUAAAGCGGUUUCACCAAGAUAAAUUGCAAAGAAUAAGGGCAACACUGGACUUUAGUCUACCAAGGGAACAGGCUGGUUUCAGGAAGGGACACUUUACAAUGGAUCACGUCCAUGUCAUCGAUCAGGUCUCUCCCGAGCCUGGCGGACGGGAGGGCCUGGCCGCUGUUCUCCAAGGCUUCCAACUAGUGGUUCAUCGACCACGCGCACUCUGGGUUCACGCUUGGUGGUCCCGCUCCCGGCUGUCCGUUGGACGAUAUGAUCAAGACACUCUGGAACCAAGACAAGUAGGGCCGGCGAGCGAUCGACGGUGCUUGGAGGCCCGAAGUCGUCCGCUUGGCGCUGGACAUGCUCGCCGCGAUACCGGCACGAGCUCUUGAGAUCGCCGCCACCACUCAUGCCCAUGCUUACAAAGGCCAAUGAAUAUGCCAUACCAUCCAACCCUCCGGUGUUCGUUGUGCGCCGUUCGUGGUGUUAAAAAGUAUCAGUUUUGCGGAAAGCAGGCCACCUCGUUCGUGGCUCAUAAACUGCACAUUUGAGGAGCGUUUGUUUUCUUUACGGAAGUUUACGUUGAGAAAUCCAUUAAACGAAAUUGGGAACGUCCCAUU